UGAUGUAGGUACAUAUAGAUUAUAAAGAUGGGAGAUUUAGAAUGGUUUACAGGCUGUAGUCUUAACUAGUCCAAGGAUGGCUGUAUAAAUUCUGUCCACAAGGUUAGAUUUUUCUGCUGGUCUUCAAUAUACACUGAAUACUGAAGAAGUAGGCUCUAAUUCCAGUGAAGAACUGGACUUACUAGAGAGAGCAAGAGCAAGCAGACAAAGCGCUUUUCUUCCAUGUCUUUAUAUUGACUGCCAGCAAGCAGAAGCUGUGGCCCAUAUAAAAGGUAUAUUUUCCCAUCGCAAAAGAACUGGUAAAGUUGUAUCUUCCAACCUCAAAUAUCCAGACUAGAAGUAGAGCUCCCACUUCAAAUUAUUUAAAAAAAAAAACUGUACUCAGCCAUUUGGGUUUUAGUUAAUGCCAGAUUGUAGUCAAGUUGGCAGUCAAUAAUAACCAUCUCAUACCCCAAAUUAAGAGAGGGGCUCAUCCAAGUACAAAAGGUAUAGAAUAUCAAAUAGCACAAUAUAAGAACAUUACCGGCAUUUUGUCUGGGGUCUCGGCUCUGGCUGAGGCCGGCGGAAGACGGCUGAGGACGGCUGAGGAGCGAUGCCGCUCCAGGAUAUGAAAUAUGGAAAGUCCAGACAGAAAAAGACAGAAGGUUUUAAAGGCCAAGAAAACAAUGCCUACAAGUUACCAGAAGCAGUUGGAGAUCCUGAACAAGUCAACGAAUGUUGAAGCUCCAAAAACAACAGUUGGAACUAAUAUUCCAAAUGGCCAUAAUCAGAAGAUGUUUUCAAAAAACAAAGAAAAUGUUAAGGUCAUGAAAGCUUCAGAGCAAAUUAAUGAAAAUACUUGUGAGGCUCUGGAAAGACAUACAGCACUGCUAGAACAGGUUAAACAUUGGAUUCGACAGGAGAUCUGCAUGAUAAACUGUAAUUUAUUUGAUAAAAAACUGAAUGAAUUGAAUGAACGCAUUGGGAAGACCCAGUGCAAGAGUAGACAUGAAGCAAUAGCUGGUGAACUCUUUGUAAAAAUAAGAAGACUUCAAAAACGCAUCAAAACAGUAUUAUCAUCUCAAAGAAAUUGUUUGGAACCAAACACAUUACCCAGUAAUACAGUCUGUAAGGUUACAGAUUCAGAGGCUAUGAAUUUGAAUGUGACCCAAAAGUCAGUUAAAAGUCGAAGUAAAAGAAUAUCUUCUGUGAACCAUACCCCUUUAAACUCUUCAGAAAAAGCAGGUAGAAAGACUAAUUUGCCAUCAACUUGUGUUGAGUUUGCUUCUGAAAGUAACACUAAUGAUGUUAUGUUGAUUUCUGUGAAAAAUCCUAAUUUGACAACUUCAAUUACAUCAGAUCAAACAGAAAUUAGAAAAAAUACAUCAAGAAAUUUGAGCAUCUCACCUAAUAGCAUGAUUAAAGUUGGGCCCGUAGAGAAGAAAUUUGAUUUUGUUAUUGACUUGACAAGAGAAGGCCCGUCCAACUACAGCAUAGUGCCAGAGAGGAUAUGCCCAGAAUCAGGAAUAGAGGAAUGUUAUUCAUGUAUCAUAUGAAAAUGAAGAAUUGUGACAACAGUUACCUGUACCUCCAAUUUGAACCAAAAGAUACAGUUUUCUGAGACUGGAAGUCAAUCACAUAGUCUUAUUCUGAGUACUGAGAAGAAUAAUCCACACAGCCAAGAAAUUCAGUCAACUUCAAGCAGAAUCAGAACUGAGAAUACCAUAUCAACACACAUGCUCAUUUUCAUAAAAACCAGUGAAAAACUUACAUAUGCUAGCAUUGAAUCAAUACAAAGAUGAUUAGCAUGCCCUCUGUACAAGGAUAGCAUACAAAUAAAUGCAUGAUGUUUCCAUACUUUCAGGAAAAAAAAUGCAAUCAAAGUAGAAACAAAGGCUGAACAGAUUUGACAGCUAAAGCCAUGUAAGCCAAUAGAAAAUUGAAUGGUAUCAUUAAAAGGCAGUAGGAGGGGGAUCACCUCCAUCAUGAAUGAGACUAUCUGGAUCCGGGAGUUCAUGGCAACCAUCUACUUCAGAACAAACAAAUGUCUUUC